ACUCCACAGUAACAGUAACACCCGUCAAGGCGUUAACCCGGAUAACACCUCAUCCGCUCCCCUCUCCGGCGAACCUCCACCCGUAUCGAAGAAAAUAUUUGCUCCGUAAGAGUAUGAUGGUUGAUACUCUGUCACUCCGAAAUUGCAUACUUGCAAACAAGUUACUCAAAAUAAACCUUCCAGUUAUGGACCCAUUAUCAUAAACCAAGCAUCGGAUCGGUGGACAGUGAUCGGACAGCUAGAAUGAAAAACAUCUCUUGUACUGUUUCCACAAACGAGUGUCCACGAAUCAGAGGGUAUGAUUUUGACAUAGUUAUAGUAGGUACACAGUGUUGACACGUGUUCAAUUUCUGGGUAUCUGCGUAUCAUCGUCGUACCCCGCCAGAGUGUUAAAGAACUCCCUUCACAGCGAUUUUGUAACCGAUGCAAGAAAAAUCGGAAAACGAAUCGCCGAACUUAUUUUCGCGGGCUUUUGUUUCCGGAUUUUAUUUUUAUUUUUAUUUUUAUUUUUCCCUUCGGCUACUCUUGCUUCUGCAACUCUCUCUCUCUCUCUUCCCAAAAUACCCUUCCCGCCAAUAGCAUUCUCUCCUUCGGCCUCACCUUUUCUCUCCUGUAAUCGAGCUCGCUCUCUUUCUAACUCUGGAAAACGGUCCGUCGCGACGGACCGUCCGUCGUCUUCCGGAGAUGGAUUGUCUUCCGUCCGUCGCGACGAGAACCCGUUCUCGGAAAUUCCUAAAUGGCGUAGCGGUAUCCGACACAAAGACUAGAAUCGGAACUCGUACGGUCCGAAUCGGCAAAAACUUCUGUCGUAACAGUAAGGGGUUUUCCAGAGGAGUUAGGGUUAGGGUUUUCCGUUCGCAGCAGAAGUUAGGGUUUACCGAGAAGAAAGGAGCACGCAAAUUCGCAGUUGCCAUCGAAGAAGCAAAAGGGGGAAGGGAUCGUAUUUCGACAGCCGUUGGUUGCAUGGCGAGGGGGACCCGGUUGAGACGAGGGGUUGAGAAUGAUCUGCCGUCGUUUGCCGGCAAUGCUGCUUCCACUGAUUCGGGCAAGUUUGGCCGAUCUUUGAGUCAGGAGACUGUCGAGACCGGCUUCGAAUCCGGCGGUUUGGAUUGCUCCGGUGGCUUGGAAGCUGAGGGCACUGUGGAAGGAGGAGCGGCAGUUAGGUUUUCAAGCUCGAAAUUACGGUUUGGCGAUGAAAGGAGUGAAGGUUUGGGAAAAUGCAUGGAUUGGGAGGGGAGUGAGAAAGAGAAAAAGGACGGUUUUGGUUCAAUUGGGGGAAUGGAAGCUGUUAAUUCUUGUGUUGCGAAGAGAACCCGAUCAAGAUCAGGGUCAGGGAAGGCUCAUCAAACGGUUAGCGAUCCCGUUCCCAUCGAUUUGGAUGAGCUGCAAUCAUCAUCCUCAUCUGACGACGAUGAUGAGCCUCUUCUGAGCAAUUUGGACAAGUUGCAUUCAUCAUCCUCUUCAUCAUCAUUAUCUUCGUUAUCCGACGAUGAAAAUGACGAUGCCGAUGGUGGUAGUGGUGAUGGUGGUGGUGGUGAUGGUGUUCCUGUUGGAGUGGAGUCGUCUUCUUAUAGUAGUGGAAACGAGGGGCAAUUUGACGGGACUUGUCUGAAGACCAUGAGAUAUUCUGGGCUGGUUUUUGUUGUUUCCGGUCACAAUGAAGCGGGCAGUUCGGGCGGAGCCUAUUCUAAGACUGCUGGCAUUGCACAGCGGACCCGCUCACAUCGCCCUUCAGUACCCGAGAAAAACCUCGGAACUGUUAGUAACCCCAUUGAUUUGGACCUGGAUUCAGAACCUUUACCUCGGGCAGCUGCAGCUGAUGCUGCAGCUGAUGAUGUUGAUGAUGAUGAGGACAAUGAUGGUGAUGAUGAUGAUGUUAAGAGUGGUAAUGGCUACACCAUGGAUGGUGAUGUUGAGAGCAAUGAUGGAGAUGAUGAAAUUAUGUAUGAUGCUGGUGGUGGUGAAAAUGUAGUGGGUGGGAAAGAGGAAAGGGAGGGACAGGAGGAGCCGCGGUUCGGGAAAUCCACAAAGAGAAAGCGUGUUCGCGCACUGAAAAAUGACUCACUUUUUAAGCUUCUUGUAGACACCAUUUGGGAAAAGGGAGAGAAGCUUCCCAAAGAAUUGGACCCUUUGAAGGAAAGGUCUCCCCCAAAAAAUGUAAAGGUGCCCAAGGGUGAAAUGCCACUUCCGUUGAAGUUCUCUUUCCGGAAUGAGGAGCCUGAACAGAAGGAGAAAUCGGAGUUGGAGAAAUUCGAGGAUGAUUUGUGGGCUGAGUUCAAUUUUGUCAUGCAAUCCAAUGAUAUUGGUUCCUUCACGAAUCAUGGGGUUGAAACUGAAGAGAGCAACGUACCGGAGUUUGAAACAGAUCCAUCUAAUCUUUGUCUUCAAGGGAAGCACCAGUUUAUCCUUGAUGAGGAAAUUGGAAUCAAGUGCAGAUUCUGUCCUUUUUUGAAGCUGGAGAUCAAAUAUAUCUUACCAUCUAUGGCAACAAACUCUUCUGGGAAGUUGGGCAAAAGAGAUUCUGUCGUUGACGGGGACCUCUUCAUGUUUGAUAGGCUUCGUUCCCAAAGCACCAACAAUGAGUCUCAGUGCUCCUUUGUUCCUUCUGAAGGAACUGUGUGGGACAUCGUCCCUGGCAUCAAAAGGACCAUGUAUCCACACCAGCAGGAAGGUUUUGAGUUUAUGUGGAAGAAUUUAGCAGGAAGCAUUGACCUUGAAGAAUUGAAGAAGUCUGCCAGUCCUGAUGGAUUGGGUGGGUGUGUGAUUUCACAUGCCCCUGGGACAGGAAAGACUCGUUUGGCCAUAGUCUUUCUCCAGACAUUCAUGGAGGUGUUCCCGAAAUGCAGGCCUAUCAUCCUCGCUCCCCGUAGUAUGCUUCUUACAUGGGAGAGAGAGUUCAGUAAGUGGAAUGUUGAUAUUCCAAUUCACGUUCUGAACAAGAAAGAGUUUUCUGGAAAGGAAGAUAGCCUAGCUGUUGGAUUAGGCCAUAAUAAACGCCAGAACUGGGUGCGUUUGGUGAAGAUAUUUUCUUGGGACAAGGGUGGGAGCAUCCUAGGGCUGAGCUAUUCUCUGUUUGAAAAGCUUGUCGGAAACAGCAACAUGCAUGACAAGGAACAUGCAGAAAUAAGUAAAAUUCUCAGGGAGAAGACAGGUUUGUUGGUCCUCGAUGAAGGGCACACACCUCGAAAUGAACGCAGCCUCAUUUGGAAAGCUCUGGAGAAGCUUAAAACAGAUAGGCGCAUCAUCCUUUCAGGAACUCCUUUCCAAAAUAAUUUCCGUGAGCUCUACAACACAUUAUGCUUGGUUAGACCUAAAUUUGCUGACAAGCUCUCAUCUAAAACCAGCGAGAUGUGUCAAAGAAGGUCAGAAAUGCUCCCUGAUGAUGUGCACAAGGUCUUGCAUGAAAAGAGAGAUGGGAAAGGGAAGUGGGCUUCUCUAACUAAUUCUAUUGGCAAAAUUACCGAUGAUAAUUUGGAGAAGCUUAGAUCAAUGAUGGAUCCUUUUGUACAUGUUCAUAAAGGUAGCAUCCUCAAUAGUCUACCUGGGUUGAGGGACUGUGUAGUUGUUUUACAUCCCCUCCCUCUACAAAAGCUCAUCCUUGAGAGAUUUGAAAAAGUAGCAUUCGAGACACACUUUCAGGAAGAGUACAACACUUCCUUGAUUUCUGUGCAUCCUUCGCUUCUGGUGGAAUGCAGUUUGCCGGAAAAACAAGAGCCAAUCAUUGACCAAGAUCUGUUGGAGAGGCUAAGACUCAGCCCUAAUGAUGGUGUGAAAACAAGAUUCGUUAUGGAAUUGGUUCGACUCAGCGAAGCAAUGAAUGAAAGAGUUUUAAUAUUCAGUCAAUAUAUCGAGCCAUUGUCAUUUUUAAAAGAACAUCUUAAAUCCCUGUUCAGCUGGACUGAAGGGAAGGAGGUGUUGCAGAUGGACGGAAGUGUUCCUAUAAAACGUCGGCAGUCCUCGAUAGAUAGUUUCAAUGAUCCAGCGAGUGAAGCGAGGGUCUUGCUUGCAUCAACAAAAGCCUGUUCUGAAGGGAUUAAUCUGAUUGGGGCUUCAAGGGUUGUUCUCCUUGAUGUUGUUUGGAAUCCGUCGGUAGAAAGGCAAGCUAUCAGCAGAGCAUACAGGAUUGGGCAGUCGAAAGUCGUGUACACUUACCAUCUGAUUACAUCAGGAACGAGGGAGGGAGACAAGUACUAUAGACAGGCCGAAAAGGACCGUCUUUCCGAAUUGCUCUUUUCUUCUACGGAGGGGGAUGCUCAUAAGCCACCGAAUUCAUCAAAGGUUUCUGAAGACAAAAUCUUGGAAGAGAUGGUUGGUCAUGAUAAACUCAAAAUAAUGUUCGAAAAGAUACUAUACCAGCCUAGAAAAUCAAGUUUAGUGGAUGGUCUUGGCCCUGCGGCCCUUAGAUAAACAUUGAAUGGUAAUUCUGUUGCCAAGGAAUUGUACAGUAUUUUUACCAUUGAAAUCCAAUACCCAGUUUGUUUUUCAAAGCUGUUUUCAUGUGACACUGUUGGGUUCAAAAUCCCUCAUCUCUGUGGCCUCAGGAACCUGGACACUGUCUCACAUGUCCACCAACUGCACAGAAAAUGCAAGUGGCCUAACUAUGUGAAAAGCCCAUUCAAGAUCAACGUGGAAUUUUUGUUUCCUUUCCCGCAUUUCUUUCCACAACAGUCCCAUUAUUUUGUGGGUCUCUACGUCAGGCUGCAGAUUACAGAUAGGGCCAAUGACUUUCAUUUCAUUGCCAGAAGUAUAAGAAGUUCGGAUAUGCGAAUAGCUUGUCAGAGAAAGAUGGCUGCAAGGUUGUUCAGAAGAGGUAAUUGUCUCUGUUCAACGGAUGUUCUUUUUAAAUCUACUUGGGUUGUUUUUAAUGCCUGCUGCCACUCUCUUCUUGGAAUGGUCCAAAACUCCACAAAAAAAAAAAAUCAUCCCUUCAAUGGGUGUUACUUGCUGACUGAUUCUUUUGUUUUUUUGUCUUUUUGUUUUUAAAUCCAACUAAUGUUUCGCAUGUAAUUUUCUUCAACAAAUCACCAUACUUCUAGUUGAGCUGUUACAUUAUCAUAUCAUACAUUGUGUAGUAUGCACUGUUAAUUUCUCCUUUACUAUUUUCUAACAUCCAUUAUCUUAAUAACAUUUCUUUA